AUGGCCAUGAUGGUGUUCAAUACUAAUGUUGAGAGGUCAAUGAGGGUUGACUUCAUGUUUAAUGGAGAUACUGGAUUUGAACUCAAAGAUGGUCCAUGCAAGUUCAUUGUAGAUUUAAGAACAGGUUACUGCAGUUGCAGGUUUUGGGAACUUAAAGGCAUUCCAUGUCCACAUGUUAUAACAGCAAUGCACUUCAAGAGACUUGAUCCUUCAGAGCAUAUUGUACACUGGUACAGGAAAGAGACCUACAUGAAGGCAUAUUCACACUUCAUACAACCAGUUCCUAACAUGAUAAUAUGGCCAGAAAGUAGUAACCCCAAGGUAUUACCUCCUCCAAUUCAAAAUAUGCCUGGAAGGCCAAGAAAAAAUAGAAGAAAGGAAGUUGGAGAAAUAAAAAGGGCUGGAAAAUUAUCAAAGAAGGGAAUAACUAUGACAUGCUCCAUUUGCAAAGCAAGUACUCAUAAUAUGAGGAGUUGUCCAACAAGACCAACAAGUAAUCAAGAGACUACUAAUUGCUCACAACAAUCAACAACAAAAACUUCACAAAAGAGAGGCAGAAAGGAAUCUGACAAUGCAUCUACAAGUAAGGCAUCUACUGGAGCAAAAUCUGGGGGGGCAAGAAGCCACUACAAGAGGCCUAGGCUUCAAGGACAUGGUGUAUUUGUUGCACAAUCUGGUUUUACAAGUAUUAAUCAUGGUUUGCCUACAGCCAGAAAGGUUUAUACUGGCCCUUUAAUUGAUUGUACCCAUGUUACUGGUGAUAUUGGAUAUAAGCCUUCUAAAGGUUUGAAAUGGAAAGGGAAGGAAGUUGUGACUCAAAGACAACUUCAAGUCCAAGCUACAAUGGCUAGAAUCAAGACAAGGUCCCAAUCCGGUGGAAUACAAACAAGAUCUAAGGUUAUGGGGAAAUCUCCCUCCAAGAAGACCACUUGA